UCGCUUUCCUUCAAAUAGUGCUCCUUAUAUAUCAACAAAACUUAAUUUUGCGUAUAAUUCAUAUUAAUUUAAUGUAUUAAUUAAUUCCUUUACUUGUAACUAUAGAAAAACGUUUAAAAUUACCUACGCAUCCUAAUCUUUGAAUUUUAAUCAAUGGAAUCGCAAGAAAAAUUACCUCCUGUUCCUCAGGAGAUUAAAGAACAAGAAACAGCUAAUCCAAAAAAAACUCUGGAUAAUGAAUAUGCAGAAUUACAGGAACAAAUGAUAGCUAACCUACAGAAACCGAAUUUGCCAAAUGUAAAUGUUCCUGAAAAAAUUAUCAUUUGCUUAGAUGUUUGCUAUGACGAUCCGAGUUCUCUAUUCAGACUCGGUGACGGCACAACUUACACUCCGAUCAAUAUGUUAAAAAGAGUUUUAGACUUUUUCAUACAUUCUAAACAUGCCAUAAAUAAGAGAACAGAAUUUGCUCUAGUGGUUUUAAAAGAUACUGUACCUUAUUUUGUUCAAAACUUUACCAAUAACUUAAAGGAUAUACUUAGUGCUAUUGAUUAUGUAAAUGCAGAAGAAAGUAAAUCUGAAAGCUUUGAUUUUCAGAAAUUGUUUGAGAUUUUGAAACAAGAAAUUGAAAUCCCUGAAUAUAAGCAAUCUGAUUGUAUAAUUCCACCACCAUAUGUUGUACGCAUGAUUGUGUUGUUUGCUCGUUCUAAUUGCAUUCCUGUUAUUUCUCAAGAAGAUCCCUAUUUUAAUUUCCUUAAGAAACAACUAUAUUUUUAUAUUGAUAUUUUGCUGGCCCAUGAGGAAGAUUGUGCACUGUACAAAUGUGCAGAAGUAUAUGAUUCUCUUCAAGAUUUAGAUAAUGGCUACUCAUAUGUGUUUGAGGUAUCUAAGAAUGCAACAAAAAUACAUGAUUGUAUAGCAAAAUUGUUGGCACAUCCUUUACAACGGCCCCUACAAAAGAAUACAGAUUACACCUUUUCAUCAAAAACUUAAUUUUUUUUAAACAAUUAUUAAAAUGUCGUUUUUGUUUCUCAAAGAUCUAAAACUUCUUAAUUAAAGUUUAUUUAGUGAUUAAACAUAUGAAAAUCUGAAA